AUGAGCGAAUCUUCCACAACCCAUAUGCCAGAGACAACUGUCAGCUCCAUGCGUAGCCAUGGUGGAGCGCUUCCAGAGGAGGAAAUCGACACACUGCGUGACUAUGAGUACGUCGUGGUCGGCUCAGGCGCCGGGGGGGGACCGUUAGCCGCCAACCUCGCCCGGAACGGCCACAAAGUUCUCCUUCUCGAAGCAGGCGAUGAUCAGGGAUC